AUGUUCAAGGCCACCUGCCUCCAGAUGACUGAAUUUUCUGACAUUGUCCUUCUUUUUGGAUCACAGGUCCACACAUUUCGAGGCCCACACUGGUGUGAAUACUGUGCCAACUUCAUGUGGGGGCUCAUCGCCCAAGGGGUCCGGUGCUCAGACUGUGGAUUGAACGUACACAAGCAGUGUUCCAAGCACGUUCCCAAUGACUGCCAACCUGAUCUCAAGAGGAUCAAGAAAGUGUACUGCUGUGACCUCACAACACUGGUGAAGGCUCACAACACUCAGAGGCCCAUGGUGGUGGACAUAUGCAUUCGGGAAAUUGAAGCAAGAGGAUUAAAGUCAGAGGGCCUUUACAGAGUCUCCGGAUUCACUGAACAUAUUGAAGACGUAAAAAUGGCAUUUGACCGAGAUGGUGAAAAGGCAGAUAUAUCUGCCAACAUCUACCCAGACAUCAACAUCAUCACUGGAGCCCUUAAACUUUAUUUCAGAGACUUACCCAUUCCCGUCAUCACAUAUGAUACCUAUUCCAAAUUUAUAGAAGCAGCAAACCUCAUCCUGUGGGAACUAGAAAUAAUGUCCAACUGCUUUCCUGUCUGGCCACAUUCCAGCCAUUCCCCUGUCCAGGAUAAUGAUAAUGGCCGGACGCUUCCUAAGCUCAUGGCAGCCCAUUCUGCAAGUAACUUCUUUCCUCUGCCAGCAGACAAGGAACCUGCCCUCAGCUUCCUACUCUCCAGCAUAAAGACCCGUGGGAAGCAACAAGAGGGAAAAAAAGACUUCUGUGUAAGGCCCAUGGUUACUAUGAACGAAAAGGACAAUUUCAUGAAUGCAGAAAAUCUGGGGAUUGUGUUUGGGCCCACUCUGAUGAGGCCCCCCGAGGACAGCACCCUCACCACUCUCCAUGACAUGCGGUACCAAAAGCUGAUUGUGCAGAUUUUAAUAGAAAAUGAAGAUGUUUUGUUUUAAUCCAUCAAGAAGAUGAGCUGAAUGGCCCCAGGCCCAUCUAAGUUGAUAAAGCUAAAGGAAUAAAAACAUUUUUAUGCUUGAUUUGUUUUUCAAACAAGUGACAGAAUUUCCUGGACCGCAGUGGGUUGCCAAGUCGGGUACUGUGUCUCAUAGACACGCGCCCCCUCCACGUGAGCACACAAAGGAGGGGGUGAGAACAGCCCCUCGCCGUGGGUCUUUUGCCGUGCCUCGUAUGCAUGUUUGUUUUGCUGGAAGAGUGAUUAAUAAAUCUUUCUUUAACUUAUUAAAAAACCAUGUAGACCUAAAAACUUCAGUCUUAGUAAGGAAAGGGAAUUUAAUUCAGAAAGGUACUUGAUACAGUUAUACAUUUCCCCUUACAAAAAAAAGACAAUGCUAUAUGUUAAAUGUUAAAUGAAACCUAUAUUGUAAAAUGUAUUUUUAUUUUAGCUGCAAGAAUGUUAUUUUAUUUUAGCAAAUAGAACUCAAUGCAGUGCAUUGGUUAUUGCCAUGUGUACCUUGUCCUGCGUUCUUGCUGUGAUGCCCUGAAAAAGUUGACCACGAAUGCAGUAUUAUCUUGACAUACCUCUGUCCUUAUCAGUGCUUUUCAAUGAAGUUCACCUGCCACAUGUAUCCCUGCUUUUGAUAGUUUUUGCUCUUAAGCACCGGCAUUCUGCGAUCAUAUGGUAUAUGUUUAUAGCAAUUGUAGGAUAGUCUGAAACAUCGGCAAAUUUUCUUUCCAUAAAAAUUUUGUGAAUUCCCAAAGUAUGUUUUGGAAUUGGUCCUUCCUAGCCUUUCCAUAUCAUGAGUAUGUAUCCCAGAACAUGCAGAAUGUGGUUAUUUUACAUAAAAUGACUUGAGAACACUGGAUGGAUCUGGGCCGUGUAAAAAGUUAGCACUUUUCCUCUCUUAUUUUCGGCCAAGCACUCUGAAUUUUUCUGUUAAUGGCUAGUUGUGUUUUUGCCCCAUUUCUGUAUUGAUGAGAACUGAAUCUGCAAAAUAAUUAUUGAAUUUAUUUUUAUUUUUAUUUUAUAAACAAACCAUUUUUUUAAAGUAAGAAUGAAUAGUGUGGGUUUAUACCAAAUAUUUGUUCCUCUCGAUAAAAGUAGCUCUGUAUGGAUAAUAAUUUAAUAUGAUUUUAUUACUAUACUUCCAUCCUAUUGGUUAUAUUUAUCUUAGCAUGAGCCUUUCACACCAAGAUUUCUAUAUUUUGUAACAUAGGUGAAAUAUUUAAAACAUCAAAAACUAUAAAUCUAGAUUUUUUUUUCUAAUCCAACUACAAUGUCUUUUUCUCUGAUUGUCUGAGAUGAUUCCUGUAAUUACUCACUAGUCUUGUUUCGGAGUGACCAGAAGAGAAUGACUGUGUGUUAUGUGGAGCUGAAAGGAGGAGCACGGUGCGAGUGUCAUCCUGGAAGGCCCAAGGGCCAUGCGGGCAGACCUCGCUGGCACACGAGGGUCAGAAUGGUUCAGCUGGUCCCUGCUACUGUUGUUCCUCCCAACUGUACAGAUUUGCUUGUUGUAGCUUAUGUACUUCUUGAUACUGUCAAAAAAUUAUCUGGAAAUGGUUUAUUUUGUGAAGUGAACAAUACUUUGUAAUUUAUGAUAGUGUAAAUGGAAGGAAAAGCAUUACAUGUAUUAAAUUCUUCUGUCUAUCA